AUGGAAGAUCCAAAGCUCAUACACGAUUCUGAAGACGACUUCUCUGAAAAGGAANAAGAUAUCUGUCCUGUAAGGAAGAGUUCCAGCUUUGACCGGAACAAGUUGAUGCGAACCNCCGAAGCUGAGCCUCGAGAGUUUGUUUAUGUCUACAACUACAGAGAGAACAGAACACGACGGAUGAAGAAGCGUGAACUCUUGGAAAAACUUGGAGAUCAAGAGUGUGAUCAAGCAAAGAUUCCGUAUUCGAUAGGCAGCAUACCCAUAUGUACAGGCAAUGACGGCUUUGGAGGCGGAGAGACUAUUGUUGCCAGAGUACACGUCAAUGCAGCUUUACGACUACAGCGCUGGCUUGGAAUGCAAAAGCGAUUGUAUAUCGUAGAUGCGAUCAAGCUGUGA